AACCCAACCCCUUAUUUAUACAGCCACAACACUCAACAACAUAAUUUUUAUCAUAGAAUCAACAAACAUCACUUUGGCAAUUAAAGACUCAUACAUAUAUUAAUUGAAAAUGAUCCCAUUCUUCCAUUACACCCUCCUCACUAUUAUUUUCCUUCUAACACUAAAAUUUCUAUUAACAAAAAGACUUAAAAACCUUCCACCAGGUCCAUUAAGUAUUCCCAUAAUUGGCAACAUUCACCAACUAAAACACCCACUUCACCGCACUCUUCAAAACCUCUCACAAAAAUACGGUCAAGUUUUUUCCCUACGGUUCGGUUCUCGUUUAGUCGUCGUCGUUUCAUCACCUUCCGUCGUUCACGAAUGUUUCACCAAAAACGACAUCGUUUUAGCAAACCGUCCACCUCUUCUCGCAGCCAAACACAUCGGCUACAAUUUCACAACCGUCACGGUGGCUCCUUACGGCGAUCACUGGCGCAACGUCCGCCGUAUAAUCUCCCUCGAGAUUCUCUCAACACACCGUUUAAACUCCUUUUACGGAAUCAGAAAAGGCGAAAUCGCGAAACUCGUGCAAACCCUAGGUCGUGAAUCUGUUAACGAUUUCGCGAAAGUGGAACUGAAAUCGAAGUUAACGGAGAUGACAUUUAACACGAUAAUGAGAAUGAUAUCGGGAAAGAGGUAUUAUGGAGAGGAUUGUGAUGUGAGUGAUGUGGAAGAAGCGAAGGGGUUUAGGGAUUUGAUUAAAGAGGUUAUAUCUGUGGGAGGAUCGAGUAAUCCUGGUGAAUUUGUUGGGAUUUUUAGGUGGUUAGAUUUUGGUGAUUAUGAGAAGAGGUUGAAGAGGGUUGGUAGUAGAUUUGAUACGUUUUUGCAGGGACUUGUUGAUGAACAUCGUAGAAAGAAGAAAAACGGGAACACCAUGAUUGAUCAUUUAUUGAAGUUGCAAGAAUCACAGCCAGAGUAUUAUACGGAUCAAAUUAUCAAAGGAAUUGUUCUGGUUAUGCUACUAGGAGGAACAGAAACAUCAGCUACAACAUUAGAAUGGGCAAUGUCAGCGUUACUAAAUCAUCCAGAAAUUUUGAACAAGGCAAGAGAGGAAAUUGAUACCAACAUAGGACUAGACCGCUUAGUAGAAGAGUCUGAUAUUUCAAACCUUCCUUAUCUUCAAAAUAUAAUCAACGAGACAUUUCGGUUGCAUCCAGCGUUUGCAUUGUUGGCACCCCAUUUUUCAUCAAAAGAUUGCACCAUAGGAGGUUAUAAUGUCCCACAGGGCACAAUUUUGUUGGUUAAUGCUUGGGCAAUUCAUAGAGAUUCUAAGCUAUGGAAUGACCCUACACAAUUUAAGCCAGAGAGAUUUGAGAAAGAAGGAGAAACUGAUAAGCUGAUUCCAUUUGGAUUGGGAAGAAGGGCUUGUCCAGGAGCAAGCUUGGGGCAACGUACAGUAGGUUUAACUUUAGCAUUAUUUAUCCAAUGUUUUGAGUGGAAAAGAAUAAGUGAGAAAGAAAUUGAUAUGACGGAAGGAAAAGGGGCUACUACACCGAAACUAAUUCCCUUAGAGGCCAUGUGUAAAGCUCGUUCAAAUGUCAUCAACAAGCUUUUUCUAAAAGUCGAUGAAAACAUUAAUGGAAUAAAUUAAUAAUCACUUUCGAGUGGUCUUAUGAAGAUCUAUGUUUGAUAAGAUGAAGUUCUUUUUUCUUUUUACUUUUUAUUUUACCUAUACACAAUUUGUGUUUAAAUAAGCAUGUUAGGUUGCAACUUGAGUGUAAUCAUGCAUGUAGUGUAGUCAUGCAUAAGCCCUUGUAUCGGGUUUCCUUGUUAGUGUUUAAUCCUCCUCUUUUUAUCUAAACUUUUGUAUGUGUUUCCUUGUCGGUGUUUAA